AUGCUGAAGAUUAAUGUUAUCCUUCCCGGAGAUAAACAUCUUCAAUUCAAUUUACAACCUCAAAAUACAACAAAAGACCUUAUAAGUAUGAUCAAAAAUGACAGUAAUGUUCAAAUUCCUCGAAAUAAAAUACUUACGCUCAUUUAUCGCGGACGAAUAUUAACUGGUAAUGAGAUCUUAUCAAGUUUUGAUUCAAUGACAGAGUUUACUAUACAAGGUUUUUAUCGAAAUGAUCCCAAUUCGCCCAAUAAUAAUAAUGAAGAGAUAAUUAUUAACGAUUUAAGAGGAUUUGAUAGGCUUCGAAGGAUGAAUUACACUCCUGAGCAAAUCCAAGAGAUUAGGAAUUCAUUUCAUAGUACUCAUCAACCUGAAGAUGGUUCACAACAAUCAAUGAUAGACCUUGAGGAAGAAUGGUUUCCUGUACUUUUCAAUCAGCGAGAUAUUGGGAGCAUGAUCAGAGCAAAUCUUCCUAAUCUUCAGAAUUUUGCAGUUCCCGCACAACCAAACCAAGCUACAGAAGCAGAUGCAGCUCAUGAGCAUCCUCAAAAUGAACAAGCUAAUAAUGAUCAUACAGAAAACAAUAAUGCCCAUAAUUCACCUUUAAUAAAUAAUAAUGAUGAUGACAGGAAUCAAACAGAUAAUGGUAUUGAUUUUCCUGGGCAAGAUUUCUUGUAUGGCUUGAUUUUUGGGCUUUUCUUUGGUAUACCAUCAGUUAUGUUGGUGUAUAUCGAUGUUCGAGCAUAUUCUUUCGUUGCCGGUAUUAUCAUUGGAACAAUAAUCAAUGCCUUGCUAACAACUUAUUAA